CGUGACCUAACCCUCCUUCACAGUUCUCCGUAUCAUUGCGGCAGGUAUUGCUGUGCGAGUUUUCCUCCUUCUAUUAUCGACCAGCGCGCGGGAGACUGCACCAUGUCAACGACACCUACUGCUCCAGGUAUGGUGGUUGAGGAGGGCAAGCUGCUAAGCGAGGCACUUAGCACUGUCAAGAUCCAGACUCAACAGAUGAAGAGACAUCUGGAACAGGACCAACUCAUGGACGCGCUCAAGAGUGCGAGUCUGAUGCUAGCCGAGCUGCGCACAUCCUCUCUCUCGCCAAAGCAGUACUAUGAGCUAUACAUGGCUGUAUUCGAUGCUCUUCGUCACUUAUCCAACUAUCUCUACGAUGCUCAUACCCAAGGCAGACAUCAUCUAGCCGACCUCUACGAACUCGUGCAAUACGCCGGAAAUAUUGUGCCUCGCCUCUAUCUCAUGAUCACCGUCGGCUCAGUCUACAUGUCCAUUCCUGACGCGCCCGUAAAGGAGAUUAUGAAGGACAUGAUGGAGAUGUCGCGCGGAGUUCUGCAUCCUAUCAGAGGGCUAUUCCUGCGGCACUACCUCAGCGGACAGACGAGAGAUCACCUUCCUGUGGGUAACGACCCAGGCCCGGGCGGUAACCUACAGGAUUCGAUAACCUUCGUGCUCACCAACUUCAUCGAGAUGAACAAGCUAUGGGUGCGGCUACAGCACCAGGGCCAUUCGCGAGACCGCGAGAAACGCGAGAUGGAGCGCAAGGAGCUGCGUAUUCUCGUUGGCACCAAUCUCGUCCGCCUGAGCCAAUUGGACGGCGUCGAUCUCGAUAUGUACCAGCAUAUCAUCCUACCGAGCAUUCUGCAGCAGGUGGUCAGUUGCAAGGAUGUGAUCGCCCAGGAAUACCUCAUGGAAGUCGUAAUUCAAGUGUUCACAGAUGAGUUUCACCUCCACACCUUGGGCCCGUUCCUCUCCGCUACCGCUCAGCUGCACCCCAAGGUGAAUAUUAAGCAGAUCGUCAUUGCACUGAUCGACCGCCUUGCCGCCUAUGCUGCUCGGGAAGCGGAGAACGAGGAUCCGGAGGAGACAAAACGGGAAGAAGAGGCUGCAGCGAGACGACUUGCAGAGAAGGUCAAAAUACAGAAGGCCAAGCUGCGACAGAACGGGCAUGCGACUCCAUCUGUGGAAUCUACCACUGCUGUCGAUACCGAGUGGGGCUCUGUACCAGAGACCUCUGUUUUGAGCGCAACCCAGGAGAAGGAGGUCGACGAUACGUCGACGACAGUGCAUGGUACGGAGGAGACGGACGGCGAGAGGAGCCCCUCGGAGAAGGGCAAGGAGAAGGAACAGCCAGAGUCGCACGUGCGCAAGUUCCGAGGCGUGCCUGAGGACGUGAAGCUGUUCGAGAUAUUCUGGCAGCAGAUCGUGGAGCUUAUCAAGGCGCGGCCCGACUUGUCAAUACAGGACAUCACCGCGCUGCUGGUGUCUCUCACCAAUCUGUCGCUUAGCUGUUAUCCAGACCGACUAGAAUAUGUCGAUCAGGUACUUGCGUAUGCUCACGACAAGAUCAAAGACUUCACUGACAGCCCGGACUUGCAUUCUCCACAAACCAUUGCCAAUCUCGCAUCCCUACUCGCGGCCCCGAUCAACUCCUACCAAUCCGUUUUGACCCUUCUGGCGCUGCAACAAUACCAGCCUCUCCUUGCACAACAAUCGUUCACUACGCGACGCUCCCUCGCACAUGCGUUGAUCUCGUCGGUGCUGAAGAACGAGACGAUCAUCGAGACGCCGGAGGACGUGAAUGGCAUUUUGGAACUAUGUCACGUUCUCAUAAGGGAUCAAACGGACUCUGGAAGCGCAUCACAGGGCGGGAAGGAACUGCGGAGAGGGCCAUAUUACCAGGAGAUGGCGGAGAUGGCGGAGGAGCAAGGUUGGAUGGCGCGUAUGGUGCAUUUGUUCAGAGCCGAGUCGCUCGACGUGCAAUACGAGCUCUUGCAAACGGCCCGCAGGCAUUUUGAGACAGGUGGUGAACGCAUGCGCUUCACAUACCCUGCUCUCAUCACUGCUACCAUCAAGCUCUGCCGACGAUAUAAAAACCGAGAACUCUUAGAGGAAGACUGGCAGGGCAAAGUGUCCACAAUCAUGAAGUCCGUAAGACAGCUUAUCUUCCUUCUCACGCAGCAAGUAGAGGCGCCAUCAAUAGCACUCCGGCUGCACUUGCUCGCGGCGCAGAUAUCCGACGAAUGCGGAUUCGAAGACCUAGCGUACGAUUUUUACGUGCAGGCGCUGUCAGUAUACGAAGAUAACAUCUCAGAGAGCCGGGCACAACUGCAAGCGAUCACAUUGAUCAUCGGUACACUGCAGGGCGCGAAGAUCUUCAGCGUGGAGAAUUAUGACACGCUCAUCUCGAAAGCUGCGCUGCAUGGUGCGCGACUGCUGAAGAAGCCGCACCAGGCUGCAGCGGUGAACCUAGCCAGUCAUAUGUUCUGGCAGGACAUUCCUUCAGAUGAGGAGAGCUCUGCUGUUGCCGUGAAGGAACCCGAGAAGGACGCCUCGCAGAACGAGAAGAUCGACGGGUUGGACAACACUGCAAAAGCGUACCCGCACCAAGAUAGCAGGCGUGUGCUAGAGUGCCUACAAAAAGCGCUGCGCAUUGCCAGCUCUGCUAUCGAGGAGAUUGUCACUGUGCAGCUGUACUGCGAUACACUCGACCAGUAUCUCUAUUAUCUCGACCGGGGUUCACCUGCAGUGACGCCCAAGUUUGUUAACGGUCUUGUCGACCUCAUUACCGGGUCGAUCGACAACGUCUCGUCGCCAGACGUGCACCCAUCCCAGCGCGCACCACCUGGCUUGCUCGAAGGCGUGCAAACGCCGGAUAUGAUUACGCGACACUUCCGCAACACGCUCAUGUACAUCCAGUCAAAGAAGAAUGCAGCUGAAACCGCUGCAGAGAACGGGACGGCCACGUCGCGGUGGGAGGAUGUGGAUGUGAUUGGUGCGUGUCUGAAGAUGGGGAUUGCCCGGUAGUAGGUGGUUGCGGACUUGCUGCGGGUGCUACACUCCUCUUGUUCUUUAUUUAUACUGUUUUAACUGCAUCUCUGGAAUUUCUACUGUAACUCUUAGGCUACCUGAAUAACAACGAGACGCGUACGUGGAGUGUCAGCGCCCCGAUCGUGUUCUAAGUUGAAGUUGGUUGAUUUGGGUUCGCCUUUGACCUCCACCAUCACGGUCUUGAACUUCUCUUGAGACUUUUC